AUGUCACACCCUCACACCUCACACAUUGACCCACGCUCCCUACCCUUUGAGCCACUGCCCAAGGGCGUCCCGACAUGCUCUGUCGAGCUUCUCCACAUGGGCUGGAUUCACUCCCGUCGGGGGAUGUGGGCCGAUGAUGCUUGGGAGCAGGACGAGAGGAGGAAGCAGGCAAAGGCAGAUGCAGACUAUUCGCUGCCCAUCUUUGGAGCAUUGCUGCAGCAUGGAGAGGAUCGAUACCUCUGGGAUCUGGGCUGGAGGAACGAUCCCGAGAACCUCCCGGAGAUGUUCAAGUCCGUUUCUUUCGGCCGUACUGAGCUCCCUUCGUCAGCACAAGCACACAAUCUAGUCGACCCGUCGAGCCUGACAGGCAUCAUCUGGUCCCAUGCCCACAUCGACCAUUACGGUGCAACGGACCGGUUCCCUCCCACCAUUCCUCUGUUCCUGGGCGAGGGGUCCUUGAAAUGGAUCAACGGAGGUGACAAGAAGGGCGGUCUGAAGAGUUUCCCGAGCACGUAUCUUGAACAAGGAAGGGAGUUCAUUGAGGUAGGAGAGGGAAGUGGGGAAAGGUGGAAGAAGAGGGCCAUCGGGCCUUUUGAGGAGGCGUAUGACCUCUUUGGUGACGAGUCCACCUUCCUCGUCAAGGCGUCUGGACACUGCCCCGGCCAUCUAGCCCUCUUGGCUCACGUCUCCUCAGGCGACUGGGUCUUCCUCGCGGGCGACGCAGCACACAAUCAAGCUCUCUACCUUCCCGUUCCACCUCAACCCUUCCAUCACGAAACAGAUCGUCGUUCAGUGCCGGCCAAGUUCAAGCUCACACCAGAGUCGGAGAACUGGAGUUGCAUGCAGGACUUUCCAGAGAUGUUUUGGCGGACGGCCAGCGCUAUGACUAGGUUGGAGAUGGAGGACAAUGUGAUGGUUGUGCUAGGUCACGAGAAGGAGUUCGCGACCGUUGCCGGUCUUGAAGCAGGGGAUCGCUGUGAUCUGAGUCAGUGGAGGCAAAAAGAUCUCAAAAAGAAGAAGGAUCAGGAGGGCGAGAAGGUGCGAGAGGGCUUGAAUGAGUUGUAA